AUGAAAAUGCUACUGCGGUAUCUGCUUGCCUGUACAGUGCUGAGCUCGUCCGCUGCCUGGGCGUCCUACCUGCCUAGCGAGAGUCAGGCAGUCCUCGGUUUCGAUGUAGCAAACGUAGCCCCAGAAGAGGGUCUCCUCAAGUCUUUUGCGAUCGAGUUUGCGAAAGGAUGGGGCGUUGAAGAUGUAUUAGAGGCUGCAGAGGCAGCAGGCGCGGACGUCUGGCGAGUCAGCCAGUCUCAAGUCGACGUAUACUUCCCGACCGAGGAGAUCUACUCCCUCUCCCGCUUCAACGGCUCUGAUCUCGCGCAGCGGACGUCACGGAUUCCGGGGUCUGCACUGGUCCCGCGCGUCGCCCGCGCGCCGUCGUCCUCGUGGAAUCUGACGUCGUUGUCGAAUACGACGUUCCACGCGGACUACCAUCCGCUGCAUGAGAUCGAGGAGUUUGUCGAGGCGCUCGCCGCGCUACAUCCGGAAGUAGUGCAACUUGUGAACAUCGGCCACUCGGCGGAGGGAAGGGAGAUGUUUGCGAUGCGGCUGUCAAAGAACACGGGGAAGAAGGCGAAGGCGAAGGCGGGGUUUGUUAUCACUGGGGCGCAACAUGCACGCGAGUGGGUGGCAACAUCUACCGUGCUGUAUUUGAUACAUGCUCUCGUUGCGAGUGCUUCUGAGCCCUAUGCAAUGUCGACACUGUUGGAUUACUAUGAUUUUCACAUCAUCCCUGUCCCCAAUCCUGAUGGUUAUGUCUACACCUGGGAACACGACAGGCUCUGGUAUAAGAAUCGGCAGAUUCUGGGCCCGAGUGAGAAAAAUUGGGGAUACAAGUGGAAGGCAAAAGCACGCUUCCCAGAAUUCGAAUUAGAGAACAAGCCCUCGCUGCCCACUGACCCAUGCACGCCAUGGUAUCCUGGCCACCGCCCGUUCGAAUCGCCAGAAACAAACAACAUCGCGAACUACGUCACCACUCUCCCUGCGCUCAAGACGUAUAUCGAUCUGCGAGCAUACGGGCAAAUGCUAUCAACCCCUUGGGCGUACUCAUGCAAGAAGACUACAAAAGAUGCAGAAGACCAGAUUGAGGCCGCCCAUGGUGCUGCACGGGCGAUCAAGCAAGCUCACGGCAAAACAUUCACUGCUGGUACCCUCUGCUCGAUGACGUAUAAAGCUCCUGGAAAUGUCGUAGACUGGAUGUAUGCGAAAGCGGGGAUCAAAUUUGCGUAUGCUGUUCAUUUAAGGGACACUGGAACUUACGGGUUCUCCCUCCCAUCUGAAUGGAUUCGGCCUGUGGGCGAGGAGACCGUCAACAUGAUUGCAUUUUUAGCAGAGUUUAUUAGAAUGGGGAAGUACUGUGAGUCGCCCCCCCUUCGCCGGUUUACGUUCGGAAGCAGAGAGGCACUGAGGAGGUUCCUGACGGAAUCUGGAGCAUUCACGAAAACAGGAGAGAAGCCGAAGAAGACGGACAUUAGGUGGGAGGACGAACCUGGGCAAGAGGAGGGAGAAGACGACGAGGCUGAGGAGGAGGAAGGUGGAGGGGGGUAA